AUGGAAAGCAUGGCAAGCUCAACAGAAGGAAGCAGUGUCUGCUCUCCUGAUUCAACAAUAUCUUCUCUUUUAGCAAGCUGUAGCAUUGACAGCAGUAAUCCCUGCUCCCACAGCUUCAUUCACUACAAGGACAAGCUUUACAGCUCUGCAUCUGAGGCUUUGGAGGCUUAUAUUGAAGAUUUUAAUUUAAGCCUCACAUCUUCAGGAGUAAGCACUGGAAAAAUCCACAUCUAUCAAAGCACUCCCAAACAAAUUAAGUUUGUAAAGCAUCGUGCCAAGGGAAAACCUGGUAGGUCCCUGCAAAUGGGGUCACCGUGUGACUGUAACCAGCACGUGGGGUUGGAUUCUUUUGCUCCAGCCCCUGGAAGACAGAGUGAGUGUGACCCAGACUUGGUCAGUCUUGCCACAGAUGAUCUGUUGGCAUUCCCAGCAGAUGGAUCCCUGCCCUUUGCCCAACGUGCCCCCGUGGAGCCAAGGCAGCAGAGCAGUGAGUGGAGAGGACGGUCCCUGAGGACACUUUUCUGCCCCUACCAAAGCUCAUCCCUCCACAGCAGGAGUGGCUGCAGGCUUCAGGAGGACAGCAAAGCUGCUGCUCACCAGAGCCCACACAAAGACUCCAGCAAAAGGAAACACAGUGUGCACACACCUGAUGGGUGCAGUUCUGCCUCCUCUAAAGCAAGCUCCAGAACCUUGUGUUUUGAUGGGAACUCUGACACUUUUCCUGUUAAAAACUACCCAAGGUGGCUCACCAGUCAAAAGUCUGACUUAAGUGUGUCAGGUAUAAGUAGUAUUCCCAAUAUUCACUACCCAGCCUGGCUGAAGAGCUAUAACCUUUUUUCUGCUUCAGUUAAAGAAAGUGAUGGCCAAACUUUUAAUCCACGAGGCACAGCUGCUUCUUCACAAGCUUUUGAGAUCCUGGAAAAAAGACACUUUGGAGAGAAAGACAGUUCUCAUCUUCUGGAACAGGAUGGUUGGCUGGAUGUGAGAGGUGAUAACCAAGCAGAAGAAAGUUCCAACUGUGACAAUCCAGAAGAGCUGCUUACCUUGAAGGCUGACAGAGGUCUGGAGAGUUCACCUGAAGAUUUCUCCAAUCAUCUGGAAGGUGAUGACAGCCCUUCUACAACAGCUGUACUAGGAGCAGAGAGAUCAUGGGAAGUUGCUUCAGGUCCUCUCCAGCACCAGUUGCCUGGGUGCUGUGAGGACAUGGAGAGAGCUCUACCUUUCCCCAAGGCACAGAUCAUACAGAAGUUCUUGGAAGACUGUCUAAAGGACAAAAAUCAGGAAGAUGCUUUUUCUGAAGGUCUUCAUCACAGACCCCUUGAAGCUUUGAAGCUCCUGUUGUUUAAACUUCAAGCAAUUCAGGGAAGUCUAAGUCAGGACGAAACCACUGAGCGAAAGGAGGAGCUUGAAGAACUUUAUGACAAAGCAGAAGCUGAAUUAAAACUGUGUGACAGUGAGAAGAUCCCUCUUACUAAUUCUAUUCGGAAGGCUUUACACCAUUUAUCACAUCUUGGAAGACUUGUUGGGGAGAACAGCAGCCAACAAGAGCAGGCCAAUGAUUGUGAAGAGGACAAACAAGGAAAAGAGACUCAUCUGUGA